CGCCCGGGCCGGCUCCGCGCCCCCUCCCUGGCCCCCGCCCGCCGGCCUGCCCGCCGCCCCCAUGGCGCCCCCAGCCCGAGCUGUGCGGGGCCACUAGGACCCUAGGCACCCCCUUCCCUCCCCCGCCCUGCCCCCUCUCCCACGGCGCGAACCCGGGUGUCCACGGCGCCCAGCUUUUGAGCUCGCGUCUCCAGGCCGGUGGGGGGGGAGGGGCAGAGAGGGGACCCCCCCCCGGACCCCCGCCCCCCCCCCGACCUGGCCGCCCAGUCCCCUGGGACCCGGAGAAAAUGUCUUCGCGGACGGCGAUGGCCCCGGGCAACGAUCGGAACUCGGACACGCAUGGCACCCUGGGCAGUGGCCGCUCCUCUGACAAGGGACCGUCCUGGUCCAGCCGCUCCCUGGGUGCCCGCUGCCGGAACUCCAUCGCCUCCUGUCCUGAGGAGCAGCCACACGUGGGCAACUACCGCCUGCUGAGGACCAUUGGGAAGGGCAACUUUGCCAAAGUCAAGCUGGCCCGGCACAUCCUUACCGGCCGGGAGGUCGCCAUCAAGAUUAUCGACAAAACCCAGCUGAACCCCAGCAGCCUGCAGAAACUGUUCCGAGAAGUCCGCAUCAUGAAGGGCCUGAACCACCCCAACAUUGUGAAGCUCUUCGAGGUCAUCGAGACAGAGAAGACGCUGUACCUGGUGAUGGAAUACGCAAGUGCUGGAGAAGUGUUUGACUACCUCGUGUCGCACGGCCGCAUGAAGGAGAAGGAAGCUCGAGCCAAGUUCCGACAGAUUGUGUCGGCUGUGCACUACUGUCACCAGAAAAACAUUGUCCACAGGGACCUGAAGGCGGAGAACCUCUUGCUGGACGCCGAGGCCAACAUCAAGAUCGCCGACUUUGGCUUCAGCAAUGAGUUCACACUGGGCUCGAAGCUGGACACAUUCUGCGGGAGCCCCCCGUACGCCGCCCCGGAGCUGUUCCAGGGCAAGAAGUACGACGGGCCGGAGGUGGACAUCUGGAGCCUGGGCGUUAUCCUGUACACCCUCGUCAGCGGCUCCCUGCCCUUCGACGGGCACAACCUCAAGGAGCUGCGGGAGCGAGUCCUCAGAGGGAAGUACCGGGUCCCUUUCUACAUGUCAACAGACUGUGAGAGCAUCCUGCGGAGAUUUUUGGUGCUGAAUCCAGCUAAACGCUGUACUCUGGAGCAAAUCAUGAAAGACAAGUGGAUCAACAUCGGCUACGAGGGCGAGGAGCUGAAGCCAUACACGGAGCCUGAGGAGGACUUCGGGGACACCAAACGAAUUGAGGUGAUGGUGGGUAUGGGCUACACGCGGGAAGAAAUCAAAGAGGCCUUGACCAGCCAGAAGUACAACGAAGUGACCGCCACCUACCUCCUGCUGGGCAGGAAGACUGAGGAGGGUGGGGACCGGGGCGCCCCGGGGCUGGCCCUGGCACGGGUGCGGGCGCCCAGCGACACCACCAAUGGAACAAGCUCCAGCAAAGGCACCAGCCACAGCAAAGGGCAGCGGAGCUCCUCCUCCACCUACCACCGCCAGCGCAGGCACAGCGACUUCUGUGGUCCGUCUCCCGCACCCCUGCACCCCAAGCGCAGCCCAACCAGCACAGGGGAGGCGGAACUGAAGGAGGAGCGCCUGCCAGGCCGGAAGGCAAGCUGCAGUGCUGCUGGGAGCGGGAGCCGAGGGCUGCCCCCCUCCAGCCCCAUGGUCAGCAGUGCCCACAACCCCAACAAGGCAGAGAUCCCAGAGCGACGGAAGGACAGCACGAGCACCCCUAACAACCUCCCUCCCAGCAUGAUGACCCGCAGAAACACCUAUGUUUGCACAGAACGCCCAGGGGCUGAGCGCCCGUCCCUGUUGCCAAAUGGCAAAGAAAACAGCUCGGGUACCCCACGGGUGCCCCCCGCCUCCCCCUCCAGUCACAGCCUGGCUCCCCCAUCGGGGGAGCGGAGCCGCCUGGCACGCGGCUCCACCAUCCGCAGCACCUUCCACGGUGGCCAGGUCCGAGACAGGCGGGCAGGGGGCGGGGGAGGUGGGGGCGUGCAGAACGGGCCCCCCGCCUCUCCCACCCUGGCCCACGAGGCCACGCCCCUGCCCACUGGGCGGCCCCGCCCCACCACCAACCUCUUCACCAAGCUGACCUCCAAACUGACCCGAAGGGUUACCCUCGAUCCCUCUAAACGGCAGAACUCUAACCGCUGCGUUUCAGGCGCCUCUCUGCCCCAGGGAUCCAAGAUCAGGUCACAGACGAACCUGAGAGAAUCGGGGGACCUGAGGUCACAAGUUGCCAUCUACCUUGGGAUCAAACGGAAACCGCCCCCCGGCUGCUCCGAUUCCCCUGGAGUGUGAAGCUGACCAGCUCGCGCCCGCCCGAGGCCCUGAUGGCAGCUCUGCGCCAGGCCACCGCGGCCGCCCGCUGCCGCUGCCGCCAGCCACAGCCGUUCCUGCUGGCCUGCCUGCACGGGGGUGCGGGCGGGCCCGAGCCCCUGUCCCACUUCGAAGUGGAGGUCUGCCAGCUGCCCCGGCCGGGCCUGCGGGGAGUUCUCUUCCGCCGCGUGGCGGGCACCGCCCUGGCCUUCCGCACCCUCGUCACCCGCAUCUCCAACGACCUCGAGCUCUGAGCCGCCAGGGCCCUGGGCCCCCUCCUCUUCCUCUUCCUCGCCCCCUUCGCUUCAACAGGAGGGAAAGGGGGCCAAGGAGGGGGUCUCCCUUUGGCAUCGCCUCCGUUCCCCUGAGACCAGUGCGGGGGCAGAGCCUGUCCCCUCUGCUGUUCUCCGAGGCCACCGGGCAGGAGAGAAGAGCAAAGGGCCUUCGCGGGGCGGCGGGGAGCUGGCACCUUCCUAGAGCCUCCAGCCCAUCUCGUCCCCCGUCCCCCUGCCGUGGGGCCCUGAGGAGACUGCAGGGACGGGGCAGAAAGGGAAACUGAGGAAACUCCUCUAACCCCGCCAGCUCAAGAACUAGGCCUUGAGCAAGGGCAGGAAGCGUUGCUGAGCCUGAAGACUGGAGCACGGGGGGCUGCUGGGAGCAGGGGCCAGAGAGGCAGGUUCCUCCCCUCCCUCUCCCCUCCUGCUCGAACCCCCCCUUACUGCCCCAGGCUGGCGCGGGGCACUUUGUACAAAUCCUUGUAAAUACACCCACACCCUCCCCUCUGCAGAGAUCUCUUGAGGAGCUGCCGCUCUCACCUCUGGUUUUUAAGUUAUUACACCCCCCUCCUCCUGUCAGCCUCCCUCACCUGCAGCCUGUUGCCCAAUAAACUUAGGAGAGUCCCCCCUCCCCCACGCUGACCCUGGGGUGUUCCUUCCCUGCCCUCACCUGCCAGCGAGAUGAAGAGGAGGUGUGCGACUCGGGGCCAGGGGUGCCUCCUCUCUGAGCCUCGGUUUUCUUUGCAGAAUGGGAGGAGUGGGGGUGUGAGGGGCAGGGAUGAAAGUGGGAGAGGGCAGGACGGGGCUCGGCCUCAUGCACGAGGCCCCAGUUCCUCCAUCGGACCCCCGUCCAUCCACUCACAGACCCAUCCACAUGUUAUACGGGACUCUAAGCCACUUCUUCCUCCAGUAGUACAUUUAUUCAAUAAACAGUCAUUGACCGGUGCCUACUCC